AGUGUCCGGCGAUGUAGCGUCGCGUUUGUAAUCAAACGCUUUUAUAUAUUUGACAUUUUUUAUUUUAUUCCUUAAGCUUGAUUCGCGCUUUAUUGUAUCCAGUAUGAGAUCCAGUAUGUUUAAAUAAAUAUCUUAAUCAGAACUCUCACAGUGAAUAUCUUAAACGAAUUAUUAUAUAUGUAAAACGAAUGAACAAAGUGGCACAGGCACAGGUUAACAAGGUAGUCAUCUAGGGGGAGUGUCUAAGAGCUGAAUUUUAUCAGUUCUAUUUUUGUCAUAAUCGCAUUUUUGUUAAACAAUAUUCUCAAUCAGUAUCAGUGGUAUAAUACUGUAAAUUAUAAUUUGAUACUUCUAAAAUGUUUAUUGCAUAAUACGUUACAAGGUGUCCAGAAUGAUGUCUUAUUUAUUGAGUAGCGUGGCAUUCUCGCUAAUUCUUUUAUUACCUGCGUUUGCACAAAAUAUUUUGUACGGAGAACCAACUUAUGAGUGCCCUCAACAUUGGAUGCAAUUUCAAGAAUCAUGCUAUCGUUUUAUCAAGAGUCCGCUGAGACCGCGAGAGGAUGCACGAAGGAAUUGUCAAGCAUUUCAAAGUGAUCUACUUACUAUUAAUACAAUAGAGGAGCAUGGAUUUGUACUCUAUCAAUUGCUAUGGCAGGAUCCGCAACAUCGUAGAUGGUAUACUGGAGUAAAACUACAGAGUGGCUUAUGGAUAAAUGAGGCUGAUAGUACAACCUUAAUAAAUAUGGAUAAUGCCUUUCUACCUGAACCCAAUGACAAUAUAAUAGGAAGAGAUUAUUUGGCAUACUCCUAUUCUAAUAACCUUCAGCGUUGGGGAUUAGAAAAGGUCACUGGCAGAGAAGCGCUCUUAUAUAUUUGCGAAGCACCCAUUGCUACUCUUCAUAACUUGGUAGAUGAUGAUCGUACUUAUCAAUAUGGCAUUGAUAUUGAUAACCCUCUUCAAAUACCUAGAGGACCAUAUUUUAUAAAACAACCUAUAAGCAAAGUAUUUGACGUAUCAAAGAGAAGGAUAAGUAAUGAUGUUUCCCUGAGUUGUCUAGCAGGUGGCUACCCUACUCCAACCUAUGAAUGGUUUAAAGAAGAUUAUGAAAAUGAUCGGCUUAUUGCAACAAAAAUAGAUCCUCUUUCAAAUAGCAGAUAUACUGUGAGCGGCGGAACAUUGAUCAUUUAUGAGCCUGAACAAACAGAAGAUCGUGGCUCGUAUCAUUGCAAGGCUACUAAUAAAUUUGGUACAAUUAUAUCUGAGAGUGUUGAAUUGUCAUUUGGAUAUAUCCUAGAAUUUAAUUUAAAACGUUCUGAGGAACGUGGAGAUAAUCACUGGGGUAAAGCAGUUUAUUGUGAUCCACCGCAACAUUUUCCGGGUGUAAAGUAUUACUGGGCGCGCGAUUAUUUUCCCAAUUUUGUCGAAGAGGAUAAACGCGUAUUUGUUUCGCAUGAUGGAGCGCUUUACUUCUCUACACUGGAAACGAUCGACCGAGGAAACUAUUCGUGCAAUGUUCAAAGUGUCGCAUCUGAUACUGGACGUAACGGGCCAUUCUUUCCGUUAAGAGUGAAUAUGCACUCCUCAUUCCAGCAGCUGAAGUUUCCCAAUAAUUUCCCAAAGGCGUUUCCAGAAGCACCAAUAGCUGGAGAGGAAGUUAGAUUGGAAUGUAUUGCAUUUGGAUAUCCCGUUCCCUCAUACAAUUGGACAAGAAGGGGUUCUGUCUUGCCGCGCGGUGCGUACGCGACGAGUUAUAAUCGGGUGUUGAUAAUACCUCGUGUUCGUGUGGAGGAUCAAGGCGAAUAUGUUUGCCGGGUGUACAACGACAGACUGUCAAUCGAGAAUUCCGUACGAUUGACCAUACAAGCAGCGCCUAAUUUUACUAUCCCGUUGGUGGACAAACACAUGGAUAACAGGGCAGAUCUAACCUGGACCUGUGAAGCAUUUGGCAUACCAGAUGUUACUUAUAGUUGGUUCAGAAACGGAGAACUUUUGGACAUGUAUACUCUGCCGCCUGAAGAUAGGAAUCGUUACACUAUACAAGAUAAUGUACUAAAUAUAAAGCAUCUGGAUUCUGAAAAGGAUCAUGCUAUGUAUCAGUGUCGUGCGAGAAAUCAGCUGAAGACAACAUAUUCAUCGGCGCAACUUAGAGUCCUAUCGUUGAAACCUUCUUUUAAGAAGCGGCCUAUGGAAUCCGAAACAUAUGCGGCGGAAGGUGGUAAUGUCACAAUUGUAUGUAAACCCGAAGCCGCGCCUAGGCCGAAAUUCGUAUGGAAGAAAGAUGGAAACGUGAUCGGAUCAGGCGGUAGGAGAAGAAUUCUGGAAACCGGAAACCUCAUCAUUAGCCCGGUAUCACGAGACGAUGAAGGAACAUAUGUGUGCACAGCAACGAAUCAGUACGGCAGCGAUGAAACUCGUGGACGAUUAAUUGUACUACGCGGACCACAACUUAUUGAAAGAUUGCCGCCACAAAUAAUUGUGUCCUAUAAUUUUAAUCAGACAUUGCGUUGCUUGGGCCACACAGACGAAAUGUUAGAUGUGGCGUAUAUUUGGACGCAUAAUGGUAUACGUAUUCGCGAUAAAGAUUUGCAAAAUAAUCCGCGAUGGCACAUUGAUGGUGAAUAUCUAGACAUUAUAAAUGCCACGUUCGCUGAAUCCGGCGAAUACGGGUGUAUCUUGAAAAGCGCUGUUGGUGAAAUAUCGAGCAAGACCAAUCUGAUCGUGCACGGGCCACCGGGACCACCUGGUGGAGUGCAGGUUGUGAAUAUUGUCAAAACUUCAGCCACAUUACGAUGGACCGAUGGUGCCUUGAACGGUAGACUGAUAACUAUGUACGCAAUUAGUGCGCGUACAAAUUGGAAUCGCACGUGGUUUCCUCUCGUAGAAAAUAUUACAGCUAUUGAGAUGGAUAGAUACAAUGGCCGAAAAGAGGCGUUCCUAGAAAACGUUCUCAGUCCUUACACUAUAUAUGAGUUUCGUGUGCUAGCCUUCAAUGAACUUGGUUAUGGUCCUCCAUCGUCUCCUUCACCUCAAUAUAGUACUCCGUCCGACAAACCCACAAAAUCACCGUCGAAUAUUAGUGGUGGUGGAGGAAAGAUUGGAGACCUUACAAUCACAUGGGAUCCUCUUAGUCCAUCCGAGCAAAAUGGUCCUGGAACAUAUUACAAAAUAUUCUGGCGUCGCAAAGGACACGACACGGAGUACCAGUCGUUAUCUUUAAAGGAAUAUGGCAAUGUCGGUAGCAGCGUCUUGUCGAUCCAACCGAAGUAUUACUACACGGAAUACGAAGUGAAAGUACAAGCGAUUAACGCGAUAGGCGAGGGUCCUAUAUCGGAAAACAUGACAGUGUACAGCGCGGAGGAUAUGCCGCAAGUCGCACCGCAACAAGUGUUUGCCUUGAGCUAUAACAGCACCAGCUUGAACGUCAGUUGGCUGCCGAUUGAACAAACUCGUGAACGAGUGCGAGGCAAGCUGAUUGGACAUAGGAUCAAAUACUGGAAGGAAAGUAACCGCGAAGAAGACGCUACUUAUUACUUAUCGCGCACCACUCGUCCUUGGUCAUUAGUAGUUGGAUUGCAACCAGAUACAUAUUAUUACGUAAAGGUGAUGGCCUACAACUCCGCCGGAGAAGGUCCGGAAAGCGAACGAUAUCUGGAGCGAACUUACCGCAAAGCGCCGCAAAAUCCGCCGUCUUCGGUGAAUGUGUACGGCGUGAACCCGUCGACGGUGAGAGUCGUUUGGCGUUAUGUACAGCCAAGUUUCGAGGAGGAACCGCUAAUCGGAUACAAAAUACGUGUGUGGGAAGUCGAUCAAGACAUGAGCACAGCGAACGAUACAAUAAUACCAGGCGGCUCCAAGCUGGAAGCUGAUAUCAAGAAUCUGAGCCCGGGCAAGGCGUAUCACUUGAGAGUGCUCGCGUUCAGUAACGGUGGCGACGGUCGUAUGUCGAGUCCCACUCAUACAUUCCAGAUGGGCGAUGCCGCAGCCUUCAGAAGCAGCGCCGGGAACAAAAUUCUGGAUGCCGCUCUGGGGAUAACUUUCUUACUGUUAAUCAUGCUGCGAAUUCUUAGUCGCUCAAUGCGCUCGGCGCAUCUCCUCAAGGAGACCACGAAAGUCAUCUGCGUGUCAAACGUGAGAAAUUUGAAUCUGUUGGAAUACCAGAGCAAAGAACUCCUGCGCGAUUCAGGUGUGUCAGUACAAAAUUUUGCCAUCGUCGACGACCUAACCAAGACGAAUUCUGCUUUGGAGAAACUACACGCGGAUGAAUUUGUUAUUAAAGCUCAAGUCUUAGCAGGAGGUCGUGGUAAGGGUUGGUUCGAUAAUGGAUUCAAGGGAGGUGUGCAUCUCACCAAAGAUCGUGAUGCUGUUACCAAUUAUGUGAAGAAUAUGUUAGGUCAUCGCCUCAUUACUAAACAGACAUCAAAUGAUGGCAUAUUGGUACAGAAGAUUAUGAUAGCCGAGUCAGUAGAUAUCGCACGAGAAACUUAUAUCUGUAUUCUCAUGGAUCGUCAGCAUAAUGGCCCUGUGCUGAUAGCAUCUCCAGCAGGUGGGAUGGAUAUUGAGGCAGUUGCGGAGAAACAUCCUGAGCAAAUAAAAACUGUUCCAUUGGAUAUUUAUCAUGGAAUCGAUGACGAAAUAGCAAAGGAUGUAUGCACUUUUCUGGGAUUCUCCGAUCCAGAUAUCCUUAACAAAGCCAUAUAUGAAUUGAAAAAUUUGUGGAAACUGUUCGUGGAUAUUGACGCUCUGCAAAUUGAAAUCAAUCCGCUGGUAGAAACAAUGGAUAAGCAAGUGGUAGCGGUAGAUGCAAAAAUCGCAUUCGAUGAUAAUGCUCAGUUCAGACAGCAGAAUCUGUUUGCUUUAGAGGAUGUUAGUGAAAAAGAUCCCAGAGAGGUGGAUGCGUUGCGAUAUAAUUUGAAUUAUAUCGGAAUGGAUGGCAACAUAGGAUGCUUAGUAAAUGGAGCUGGUCUAGCCAUGGCUACAAUGGAUAUUAUUAAAUUAAAUG